AUGAGGGAAGAGAAAUGCGUGAAGGAAGGGGAACGGGCGUUGGAAAAGCUGCGCUUCAACCUGGAGAGGAAUGACUGGAAUCUGGAAAAAGAUUACGGCGAGGAACUCAUCACAGUCAAGUCUGCAUACGAUCAAGAGACCAAGAUAAACAUCAUGCUUGCCGAGGCCGUGUUGGACUUCGCAAGCGACUGGGUCUUCGGGGAUCUGGUGAACCACACGCUGGAGGCCACGGUCGACUGGAAUCAGGACAUCAAGGACCACAAGGUCGUCCAGGUUAGAUCUUCAUGCCCUCGUGAUUCCUCGCAGGGACCAGCCCGGUUCCCUCCCUCUCUCUCUCCCUCUCUCUACCCCUCUCUCGUUCGGAGCGUUUCCUCUCGUCGCGCUGUGCAGAUGAGGAAUGAAAUUGCGAAAUGGAGGGAACGCUCUGCCACUGCCGACGGAAAUGAGAUUUCGCCGCAGACAGGGAAUGGAGGAAGGAUAUCAUCCCAAGGACGGAUGGAUGCCGGCAAGAAAGGAUUUUGCCCCAAAUAUUAA